UUUUUUCAUAUGAGAAUAGGGUUCAAUUUUCAUCUGUAUUAACUUAGCAAUCAUGGAGGUGAAGGGUUUGAACGAUGUAAUUCCUCUCCAUUUUUCCAUUCCGAUUGUAAGUGUUAUGCUAAUUUUGGGUCUUGUGUUUGCAUUCGGUUUCAAGUCUUCUAGCCAGCCGCCUAGCUUUGAUUUUGAUGACGAGAAGAAAGGUGAUCAGCAGGGUAGCGGAAAGAAGAAGAAACGGAAGAAGAAACCUGAGCAAAAUAAUAAACAGACUGUGAGUGAAAUUCCUGUUAAGGAAGCUGUUGUAACUGAAGUGAAGGAAACUAAACCAAAAAAGUCUAACAAGUCUAAGAAGCAGGCUUCUACAAAACCUGCACCAGGAUUGCUCAAGAAAGAUGUUAGGAACUUGAAAGACUACUUGGAGUCAGAAAAUGGUGAGAAUGAGUGGAGCACCGUAUCAUCACGGAAGGACAAGAAAAACAAACAAGCAUCACAGGGCAAUGCACUGCAAGAGACCAAUAAUCAAGAGGCUACUGAGCCAGUUUUGGUCACAAAAGCAGUUGAAUCAACAGAAGCUGCAGUACCUGAAGUAAAGAAACCUGCCGUUACUUCUGAAAAGACAUCAAAGAAAAAGAAAGGGAAGAAGAAACCAGUUGAGGAUGAUCACUUGGGAGAAAAGCACGAACCUAAGCAGCCGGAAAGCCCAAGAGAUGAGGUUGAUAAGAUUCCUCCUAAGCCAGAAGAGGAGAAAGUACUGGUGACUUCCCAGAGUCCUAAGGAUGCUGAGAAGAAUGCCGAUGAUGGCAAGCAAGGAGAGGAAGCACCAGUAGCAGAUAAGAAGAAGGAAAGCCCAAAGAAAGGUAAAACGAAGAAUGCAAGUGAGAGCCAAGUUGAUGCAUCACCAGCUCCAGAAGAGAAGUUCCCAGAGAAGGAGAUUGGGAGUGAAGAUGUUGAACCUCCACCACAGACCAUCACAGAUAAUCAAGCUGCAGUUGACUCUGUAGAAUUGAAAUCUCAGCCUGUAGCAGAGAGAGUAGAAGCAAUUGAACAGUCUGCAGAUGAUGCUUCUAAAAAGAGUAAAAAGAAGUCUAAGAAAAAGAAGAAGGUGCUUAAUAGUGAAGAUCCUGCUGAAAAGGAACAAGUAUUAGAUGAAGUUGCUGUAAACAACAAACCAUCAAAUUCAGAACAGAGUUUUGAGGCUAAACAACCAGUAACUGAUGCCAUAGAAGCUAUUCAAAACUCACCCAGUCAAUCAAAGAAGAAAACGAAAAAAUCAAAGAAUAAAUCAAAAUCAAAUGAAGGAACUUCACAAGAAGCUCCAAUAGAAGUCACACCUGAGCCACCUGCAAUUGAGACUAGCAAUUCAAGUGAGGCAAUUUCAGUCGACCCAAAACCAGAGCCAACUGAGGCAGUUGUACCACCACCUGAGUCACAGGCUCAUGAAACUAAUACAGAAGAGAAAAAAGGUGCUUGGAAAGAUGCUACAAAGCCAAAGAAAAAGAAAGUAAGAAGAGAUUUAUAGCAUACUUCCUGAAAAAGGAGGGGAUAACCCAAUACGAUGGUUUUCAUUAUUUGACUGAAGAGGAAGUGCUUUCAAGUAUCUGUUUGUGUUUAACUUUAGGUAGUAUUUUAAUUAUUCAAAGAUGAAUGAAUUGAGUUGAUUUUUAAAAUGAAUUAAUUUGAAAGUGAAUGUAUUAUUUAUCUUGCCUUUUAUAGUGAGAUUAGUCAUAUAUUUAGUUUGAU